AUGACAUUUACCAUUAAUUCUAAGGUUGCAGCAUGUGGUGGACAAUUUUUUAAAAUGUCUCAUGAAUCAAGGGUGACCAAAUGUACGAUGAACGUCAACAUCUAUCUACCAAAACAAUAUUUCCAAAGAUUGAAUAAUAAAGAUAAACAGAAUGAUUUAAACCCACAAAUUCCUACAAUUUAUUAUCUAUCAGGUUUAACUUGUACACCACAGAAUGCCUCCGAAAAGGCAUUUUGGCAAUUUCAAGCAAACAAAUAUGGAUUUGCUAUGGUCUUCCCUGACACUUCUCCACGUGGUGACAAUAUUCCAACUGAUCCGAAUAAUGAUUGGGAUUUCGGCUUAGGUGCAGGUUUCUAUAUUAACGCUACAAGAGAACCCUUUUCAGAAAAUUACCAUAUGUAUGAUUAUAUCCACAAAGAAUUACCCGAUCAGUUGAACAAAUUUUUUUCUGAUGAUGGGUUUGUGGAUUUUGUUAACAAUGUCUCGAUCACUGGUCAUUCAAUGGGUGGGUUUGGUGCCCUUUCUGGUUUUUUAAAGAACCUAAAUAAAUAUAAGUCGUGUUCAGCAUUUGCACCGAUUUUAAACCCAUUGAAUUGUCCAUGGGGUGAAAAAGCAUUUAGUGGCUAUUUUAACGAUCCUUUAGAAGAGGGAAAAGUUUAUGAUCCAUGUGAAUUGAUAAAGACAGUUGAUUACAUCGAGGGGAAGGAUAUUUUGAUUCAUAUUGGUUCUAAUGAUCCAUUCUUGGAAAAACAAUUGAAUGCAGAAAAUUUCUUAAAGGCAAUUGGUUGCAAUGAGCAAUGGAAGAAACAUAUAGAUCUGAAAAUAGUUGAUGGCUAUGAUCAUUCCUAUUAUUUUAUCAGUUCCUUUGUACCUGAACAUGCUGAAUUUCAUGCUAGACAUCUAGGUUUACUAACUUGA